AUGGCCAACCCACCACAUGGCGGAGCCCUCAAGGACUUGAUCGCGCGCGAUGCACCACGGAGAAAGGAACUCUUCAACGAGGCUGAGUCGCUUCCUGCGAUCGUGCUGAGCGAGAGACAGCUCUGCGAUUUGGAACUCAUCUUGAACGGUGGAUUCUCGCCGCUCGAAGGCUUCCUCAACCAAAAAGACUACGACGGCGUUGUCGCCGAAAACCGCCUCGCCGAUGGAAACCUCUUCUCCAUGCCCAUCACUCUCGAUGUGUCCAAGGAGACCAUCGAGGAGCUGGGUGUGAAGCCCGGAGCGCGCAUUGCGCUUCGCGACUUCCGCGACGACCGCAACCUGGCCAUCAUCACCGUCGACGACGUAUACCAGCCCGACAAGACAAAGGAGGCCAAGGAGGUCUUUGGCAGCCCAGAUGACGAGACACAUCCCGCGAUCAAGUACCUCUUCCGCACGGCCAAGGAGUUCUACGUCGGCGGCAAGGUCGAGGCGAUUGACCGUCUCGAGCACUACGACUAUGUUGGUCUGCGAUACACCCCCGCCGAGCUGCGUCUGCACUUCGACAAACUAGGAUGGAGCAAGGUCGUCGCGUUCCAGACGAGGAACCCCAUGCACCGCGCCCAUCGCGAGCUCACUGUGCGUGCUGCGCGAGCCCGCCAGGCCAAUGUCCUGAUCCACCCCGUUGUUGGGCUCACCAAGCCCGGCGACAUCGACCACUUCACACGUGUGCGUGUCUACCAGGCGUUGAUGCCCCGCUACCCCAAUGGAAUGGCUGCGUUGGCUCUCCUGCCGCUGGCUAUGCGUAUGGGAGGUCCCCGUGAGGCCAUCUGGCACGCCAUCAUCCGCAAGAACUACGGCGCUACCCACUUCAUCGUUGGCCGUGACCACGCUGGCCCGGGCAAGAACUCGCAGGGCGUCGACUUCUACGGUCCGUAUGACGCGCAGACAGCCGUCGAGAAGUACAGGGAUGAACUGGGCAUUGAGGUCGUCCCCUUCCAGCAGAUGACAUACCUGCCCGACUCGGACGAGUACAAGCCCAAGGACGAAGUGGCCCAGGGCGUUAAGACGCUCGAUAUCUCCGGCACAGAACUCCGCAAGCGUCUCCGUACUGGUCAGGAGAUUCCCGAAUGGUUCUCCUACCCCGAAGUCGUGCGCGUCCUCCGUGAAUCACACCCUCCCCGCUCGCAACAGGGUUUCACCGUCUUCCUCACCGGCUACAACAACAGCGGUAAAGACGCCAUCGCACGCGCGCUAAACGUCACCCUAAACCAGCAAGGUGGGCGUUCCGUCUCCCUCCUCCUCGGCGACACCAUCCGCAGCGAGCUCUCGUCUGAGCUCGGCUUCUCGCGCCAGGACCGCGACAAGAACAUUUCACGCAUUGCAUUUGUGGCUGCCGAGCUGACAAGAGCUGGCGCCGCCGCCAUUGUCGCGCCUAUCGCGCCGUUCGAGGACAGCAGGAAGGCCGCGCGCCAAACAGUCGAGCAGUACGGUAGCUUCUACCUCGUACACGUUGCGACGCCGCUCGAGUACUGCGAGAAGACGGACCGAAGGGGCAUCUACAAGAAGGCGCGGAACGGGGAGAUCAAGGGCUUCACCGGCGUUGAUGACCCGUAUGAGGUGCCUGCCAACGCUGAUCUGAGCGUCGAUCUGAGCACGACGAAUGUCAGGACCGCGGUGCAUCAGAUUGUCCUGUUGCUCGAGAGCCAGGGGCUGCUUACGCAGUUGUAG